AAAUUUACGAUUUUAUUUUGCGUUCAUAUGUGUUUGAUUUAUAACCUCGUUCUUUCAUUCUUUGACAAUUCCCUUUUGGCAUAUCCCAUGACAUAAUAUAAAUAGAAAUAAUCCAUAACAAUCCAAAACACCGACCAUAAACCCAAUUAAACGUAAAUUGUAUUAAAACAUAAACUAGAAUGCUUAAAUUACCGGAAAUAAAACUCGACCCAAAAAAGACCAGCCAUCUUUGCAAAUGCCGACCGAUUUGCAAGAGUCGCAGAAGAGAGUGGAAAGGUGAUGUUCAGAACACCUCAGCUGAGUUACUGCUGGAGAGGAAACCUAAACCGGAGUGUUUCCGCCGAUGGCCGACAAAAGUAUACCCAAAUAGCCCGUGUCCAUUAUUCUCUACAAGUCGUCGUGUGACAGUCAAGGAGAGGGGAUACAUUCCCCCUCCCGAGGUGGUCAGGAUAUGCCAAGCGCCUAUUGAUGAUACUGUUGAUACCACCUACUUGAGACUCGCACAGCUUGCUAAAAAUCUUGGUGCAUGGGACGCAGUAAAAUCGUGCUGUGCAUUCUGUGAGUGCAACAAUUGCUGCCCCUGCUCGCCACACGGCUACUACUUGUCGGAGGAGUGCGAUACCACACGAUGGCACGAUAUGCGACAAUUUGAUAGCAGGGUUGAGCAAGACUGUCAGGAUAUGAAGAUUAUGUAUCACUAAAAGGAAAAUAACAAUUGCCAAUAUUUAAAACGUUUUUCGAUCAAAGGCUGUGUAUGAGAUUACAAUUUUAAA